AUGUGGGCGGAGGAAUUCGAGUGGGGGAGCAGGGAGGGCCCCGGCUCUCGGCCUUCAAUGGCGGACGACGACGGCGUUGCUGGUGGUGGCGGUUCCGGGUGGCCGUGAGGCGAUGGACGGCGGCUGGACUCAGUCGGCGGGGCCGUGGGCCGAACCCCAGCAGCGGGAGGCCGGGCUCUCACCGCGCAACCUGACCGCGGCCAACCGGGCCCCGGGCCCGCGGGCAGCUCCCUUCACCCAACAGGUUAGAGCUUUGUGCCCCGGGAUCAAUAACCAGCGGUACUGGUGUGAGACAGGCCACUGCUGCGGGGAGACUGGCUGCUGCACUUACUUCUACGAGUUGUGGUGGUUUUGGCUCCUCUGGACUCUUCUCAUCCUGUUCAGCUGCUGUUGUGCUUAUCGCCAUCGCAGGACCAAACUCCGCCUCCAGCAGCAGCAACGUCAGCAGGAGAUUAACCUCAUCGCCUACCACGGAGCCUGUAACUACCCCGGCUCACCCCUCGAUCAAAGACUCCUGGCUUCUUUCAAGCUCCCUGCCUAUGAGGAGGUGUCAGCCCAGCCCAGCACUCCUCCUCCAUCCUACACUUCGAUCCAGGGGAUCAGGGCUGAGCUGAGCCCUUCAGUCAGCUCCAAUAACUGCACCAGCUGCUCCUGUAGCUCCAGCUCUCCCAACAGCACUUCCGUUUCUGACACCAGCACCUCCACUGACCCCAGCACCCCCAGUGAGCCCUCGCUCUCCAGCUCGGAUCACCCCGCUGAAGAUGUCGAUGUCGCUGUGUCACAAGCCGUUCUGUCCUGCUCCGAGGCGGAUGAGGAGGAUGAAACGCGUUCCAGACACAGGCGCCUCACCGGAGACUCUGGGAUCGACGUGUGCCGUUGUCUUGUUCACGGGGAUGACAAUGAGGACUGCACUGAGGAGAGUGGAAACUUCCUGCACGACAGACAGGGCUGUGUAGGAGAGCUGCUCCAGCCUGCUGAUUCUGCCAGUCUCUGCUCCUGCCAGCUUCCUGAGGAGACCCUGGCUCCCAUCUUUCCCGUGUGAAGGGGAAACAGAAAGACUGGGAAACUCGACAAUGCAUUUAAACAAGGGACCAGAUUCCUGGGGCUGUGGGACCAAGGAGAUAGUCACUAAAGCUCUCUUGCAGCCUCACCUUAGACCGAGAUGCUGCAGGACUGUGAAUAUCACUCCAUAUUGGAACUAUUUAUAACCUACAGCCAUCUUGAGUGCUUAGCUGCAAAGGAAACCAUUGAACCCUGGCGCACAAUCCCACCCUCUGCCAACUCCCAUCUGUCUUCCCACCUGUAUCUCUCCCCUUCCCUUCACGCCUGAGUCUGUCUCUCUCCUCCAUGCCUGAAUUUCUCUCAUGCUGUUUCAGAUGCAAGAUCACAUGCAUUGACACUGAUCUCUCGUCUCUCCUGCUGCUGUGAUUCAUAUCGUUCCUUGGGCUUGAGGGGUCUUGUCUGAACCCGGUGUGAGAUAUUUAAGUUCCUGCUAAUGGUGUUGAUUUAACUUGUGUUAACAGUUGCUAAUAGAGAGUGGAGUUGGCAGGAGGGGAAGAGGACCACACCUUCAGUCUAAAAAAUCUCCACGGUUUGCAAACUCAGAUCAUGAAGUAAUUGAUUAAACGGAAGUGAAGCUUAUGUGAGAUGAUUUGAGCUAUUAAUGACCAAAUGUCAUUAUUGUUAUUGUGAGAUGGAGCUUGGUGGAUUCCCACACUCAAAACCAAGAAUCCAGGGAGCCUGGCGUAGAGUUUGGAGUGGAGAGAGGAUCAUGGAUAGGUGAAUGAGAAUGUUGCUGCUUCUGUUAACAUCUUUGUGUUCUAGUCACUUCCUCUGUUUUACUGUAAAGCUCUUCCAUUCUCAGCAUUUGUAGCUAUAGGAAUAUGACCUCCCUCUGUCUGAAUCAGACUCCAGGAUGUGUGCUUUGGUUCAUUAGUUUUAAGAGGGCUAAAUAAAUGGCUAAGGAAAAUUUGAUGUAUUAGAAUCUCGCAGCAGAGAUGGAAGACAUUUGGUCCAUUAUGUCUGUACUGGUUCUUGGAGCUAUUGGAUUAGUCCCACUCCCCUACAAAAUAUCCUUACAUAGUGAGUUGUUAUUGAUCUGGAAUGCGCUGCCUAAAAUGGUGGUGGAAGAGGAUUCAAUAAUCUCUUUCAAAAGGGAAAUAUGUGAAGGAAAAAAUUUACAGGACUUUGGGGAACAGAAUUAAUUGGAUAUCUCCACAAAAGAGCUGGCACAGGCUUGAUGGACCAGAUGGCCUCCUUCAGUGCUCUAUUAUUCUAUGAAAUUCUCCUUUUACAAUUUUUGAUCCAAUUAUCAACUUUUGAAAGUUAUUAUUGAAUCUGCUUUAUCUAUUUCUCUCCAGUACAUCGCUGGUCACUCAGCUGAGCAUGAGAAAUCUCCAGAAAUUCCAGCCCUGUUUUUUUUUUGCUUUCUGUCCUAAUUUCCUUGAUGUCCUGUUUGUGGAUGAGCCUUUAACAACUUCGACAUCGAGGGAUGGGCAAAAGCUGAAGCCUUGCCAGUGUCGUCAAGGUCUUGAGUGAAGAAGGUCUUGAGUGAAGGACAUGCAUUUCUGUAGCGCCUUUCAUGAUCUCAGGAUGCCCAAGAGCAAUUUACAGCCAAUAAAGUACUUUUGAAAUGUA